CAGGGGUCACGAGUGGAGCAUCUCCCCUGGCCCGGGCCGGCGCGGGAGGGCUGUGUGAUGGCCUCGGAGCGCCCGGAGCCGGAGGUGGAAGAAGCUGGGCAGGUGUUCCUGUUGAUGAAAAAGGAUUAUCGUAUCUCCCGGAAUGUCCGCCUGGCUUGGUUUCUCAAUCACUUGCAUCAAACUGUGCAGGCCACACCUCAGGAGAUGCUGCUUCAGUCUGAACAGGAAUUGGAAGUCCUCAGUGUCCUACCUCCCGGGUGGCAGCCAGAUGAACCGGUGGUCCCAAGGCCAUUCCUCCUCGUACCUUCCACCCGAGUCACCUUCCUGGCUUGGCAGUAUCGAUUUGUAAUUGAGCUGGAUCUUAGCCCGUCUACUGGCAUUGUGGAUGAUUCCACAGGGGAGAUCUUGUUUGAUGAAGUUUUCCAUGCCCUCUCCCGCUGCCUAGGCGGGUUGCUUCGGCCUUUCCGAGUGCCUGGAUCUUGCAUUGACUUCCAACCUGAGAUCUACGUAACUAUCCAAGCCUACUCCUCUAUUAUUGGCCUACAGUCCCACCAGGUGCUGGUACAGGGCUGCCUUUUGGACCCUUCCCAGCGGGACAUGUUCCUGCAGCAGGUAUAUGAGCAGCUCUGCCUCUUCGAGGAUAAGGUGGCCACCAUGUUGCAGCAGCAGUAUGACCCCCAGAGCCAGGCAGAGGACCAGUCCCCAGACUCUGUGGAGCCCCCAGGCCGGAAGGUGGGAGUCUCCAUGGUGACAGCUGAUCUUGGACUGGUCAGUAUGAUUCGUCAGGGCAUCUUGGCAUUGCAGUUGCUGCCCUCAAACUCUAGUGCAGGCAUCAUUGUGAUCACAGAUGGGGUGACCAGCGUCCCUGAUGUUGCUGUCUGUGAAACCUUGCUGAACCAGCUUCGCAGUGGCACUGUGGCCUGUUCCUUUGUGCAGGUGGGAGGAGUUUACUCUUAUGACUGCAGUUUCGGCCAUGUGCCCAAUGUGGAAUUGAUGAAGUUCAUCGCGAUGGCAACAUUUGGCUCCUACCUGUCCACUUGUCCUGAACCCGAGGCAGGCAACCAGGGUCUGACUGUCUACCACCGGGCUUUUCUCCUCUACUCAUUCCUGCGCAGCGGGGAAGCCCUGAACCCUGAAUAUUACUGUGGCUCUCAGCACCGCCUCUUUAACGAGCACCUGGUCUCCGCCAGCAGCAACCCUGCCUUGGCCCUGCGCCGGAAGAAGCACACUGAGAAGGAGGUGCUGGCUGACUUGGUCAGCACCGUCUCUGUACGACUUCGAGAAGGCUACAGUGUCCGAGAGGUCACACUGGCCAAAGGAGGCUCCCAGCUGGAGGUGAAACUGGUACUGCUGUGGAAACACAACAUGCGCAUCGAGUAUGUGGCUAUGGCACCCUGGCCCCUGGAGCCUGAGGGCCCUCGAGGAACACGGGUGGAAGUGACAAUGGAAGGCGGCUAUGACAUUCUGCAUGAUGUGUCCUGUGCACUAAGGCAGCCCAUUCGCUCUCUAUAUCGGACCCAUGUUAUCCGGCGGUUCUGGAACACGCUGCAGAGCAUUAACCAAACGGACCAGAUGCUAGCCCACCUCCAGUCCUUCUCUUCAGUCCCUGAACACUUCACGCUUCCAGACAGCACCAAGAGCGGCGUGCCCCUCUUCUACAUCCCUCCUGGCUCCACCACCCCAGUGCUCUCCCUUCAGCACAGUGGUUCCGACUCAUCCCAUGCCCAGUUUGCUGCCUACUGGAAGCCAGUGCUGUCCAUGGACGCGAACUCAUGGCAGCGUUGGCUGCAUAUGCACCGCCUGGUACUAAUCCUGGAGCAUGACACACCAAUCCCCAAGCACUUGCACACCCCGGGCAGCAACGGGCGCUACAGCACCGUCCAGUGCAGGAUCUCCCACUCCUCGCUGACCUCUCUGCUUCGCGACUGGAGCAGCUUCGUGCUGGUUGAGGGCUAUUCCUAUGUGAAGCUGCUCUCCAGCGCGCCAGACCAGCCCCCCUCCUCCUUCUACAUGGUCCGCAUCAUUUCCAAGGCCCCUUGCAUGGUUCUUCGCCUGGGUUUUCUCAUCGGCACCCCGGCACAGGCCCGGCACGAGAUCGUGUCGGGCUUACAGGAAGAGAUCCUACGGCUGCGUUUCCCGCACCGGGUGCAAAGCAAGGAACCAACACCCAAAGUGAAACGGAAAGGACUGGGGGGUGUUGCAGGGGGCAGCUCUCCCUCCAAGUCUCCCCCCACACUGGGGCCACAGCAGGCCCUCUCUGACCGGCCCUGCCUAGUGGUCCUGCAUAAACCACUGGACAAGCUCCUCAUCAGGUAUGAGAAGCUACCUCUGGACUACAGGGCCCCCUUCCUGCUGACAUUGGAGCCACCAGGGCCACUGCCCUUGGUGUCAGGCCGCUCUGCAUCUUCCAGCCUAGCGUCACUCUCCCGCUACCUGUAUCAUCAGCGCUGGCUCUGGAGUGUGCCCUCAGGACUGGCCCCCGCACUGCCACUCAGUGCCAUCGCCCAGCUCCUCUCUGUGCUAACUGAGGUCCGGCUUUCUGAAGGGUUCCACUUCGCCAGCAGCGGGGAAGGAAUCAUCAACAUGGUCCUGGAGCUUCCAAUUCAGAAUGAGCCCCCGGGACAGGCUGCUGUGGAAGAGAGGCACACGUGCGUUGUCCAGUACAUCCUCUUCCCCCCACACUCUACCUCCACCAAAGACAGUUUCUCAACAGAUGAUGACAAUGAUGUGGAAGUGGAGGCCCUAGAGGGAGACUCAGAGCUCAACCUGGUCACUGAGGUGUGGGUGGAGCCACAGUAUGGACGAGUGGGACCUGGCCCUGAAACCUGGAAGCAUCUCCAGGACUUGACAUACGCUGAGAUCCCAAGAGCACUGCACCCUCGGGACGUGGCCUGCAUAGGCUCCAUGCUGAGCUUCGAAUACCUCAUCCAGCUGUGCCAGAGCAAGGAAUGGAGCCCCCUGCCCCCAGAGAUGAGGAUCUCUGAUGGUCGGUGGGGAAGGGUCCCCUGGAUGGAACAGGGGAAUGGGAGGAGAGGAAGCAACCCCAAUCAUGGUACUGGGUCUCCAUGUAGCCAUGUCUUCUGUCCCUCCUUCCUAGGAUUAGACCAGGGAGGAGACUCCUGUGUUCAUGAGAUCCCUUUCCGCUUUGACCUAAUGGGUCUGUUGCCUCAGUGCCAGCAGCUCCAGAUGUUUUUCCUCCUGCUCUCCAGAGAGCCAGAGGGCGUCCCCCUCGCCGAGGGGCCCUGUCCCGCCAACGACAUGGUGCUGUGCCUGCUGCACAGCUGCCUGGGGCAGGAGCUGAGUGACCGGGAGAUCCCACUCACCCUGGCUGACCAGGCGACCUUCUUCCAUGAAGUGCUGCGGCGGACCUGCCAUGGUCCAGGUCCAGAGGAGCCACCAGUGGGUGGCUAUGGGAUCCUGAAGGAGCCAGCAGUUAGCAGUGCCCAGGCCUCUGGAGACUCUGCUCUUCCUGCCCUGAGUGCAGGCCCUCCUGAAACUCUCAAGCCUCUCAUCUCUGCACAGCCCCCUCAGUGGCGUUGCUAUGCCAGGCUCGUGACCCCCCAGCAUGUAUUUCUGACUUUCCUCCCAGCAACCUUCUCAGACGUCCAGCAUCUGGCCGCCUAUGGCCUGGAGGGACCUUCUCAGGAGGAGACAAAGCCUAAGUCCGGGGACUUGAGUGGGACUCCCAGCCCAAAAGAUCUAGGAGGAACUGGGGUCAAGGCUCCCAAGGCCCAGGUCCCCAUCCUCAGUGUUACCCCAGCCAGUGACAGUGCCCAGAAUCCAGAAGAGCUGAGCUCACGUCGGGAUGUACAGGCUUAUACUGGGCGUCAGGCUCCACAGGCAGAGGGUGCGGAUGGGCCCCGGACCCGGUGUCCUGUCUACAUCUAUAGCUGUGCCCUGGAAGCACUGCGGGAGCAAAUGAUUGGCAUACAGCCCCCUCAGCCACCCCGAGAUCUCAUCUUCCGGACUCAGUUCCUUGACCAGCCCUCCCCAUCCUCUGUCUGGAUGGAGCCCAGGUACAAGGAGGCAGCCAACCACUGCGCCUUGCUACAGGAACACGCACAGCGCUGCUAUGUCCGCGGCCUGUUCCGGAGCUUGCAGCAAGGACAGAGUGUGACCUCUCAGGACUUGCUGACAGCAGUAGAUGCCUGUGAGGAGCUUCUACAAGAAGUAGACAUCACUCCCUUUCUGCUCGCACUGUGUGGCUACACUCAGGGUUUGCCUCAUGCACCACCGAGCCCUGGUCCUCUCAGCCCCGGGCCUUUCAGCAGCAGCAUUGAAGAGGGCCCCGAGCCUCGGGAACGAGCUGUUCUGGCUUCAGAGUCCAGCAUAGAGACUGAGGACCUCAGUGAGCCUGAGUUUCAGAGCACCCGCAUCCCUGGCAGUCUGGACCCUGGCCUGGAGAUCUGUCUGACGGACAUCUGCCAGCUCCAAGGAGAAGCACACGAAGCCCUGCAUAGCCUCAUCCAGGAGAAGUUCCUGGAGAUCAGUGGUCUCCACUUCCGUACAGUGCCCUCCAAUCCCCACUACUUCUUCUUCUGCCCUCCAUCCAGCAGGCGAGAGGAUGAGGGCCCCCGGGACACAGUAGACAGAAAAGUCAGUGACCUGGAGUUUUCAGAGGCUGAGUUUUUGGGAGAAGAAGGAGACACAUCCGCCGGCUGUGUGGUCACUGAGAGUGACCCCGAGCUGGAGGUGGAAUACCGCGAGACCCGUGAACCCGACCUGGGGCCUACAGGGCUCGACUCCACCUCAUUGUCAGAUGCAGACACUGUGAACCCCGAUGAAGACUCCUUCAGUAUUCUGGGCGGUGACUCGCCCACUGGACCUGAGAACUUCGUUCAUGACCUGCCACCACUCUUUCUGCACCUCACAUGCUCUGUGCGACUGCGUGGGCAACACAGCUCAGUCCCCGUGUGUAGCCUGCCCACCUGCCUGGGCCAGGUGCUUUGCAGUCUGGAAGGCCCUCCCGCUGCAGGCCGAGUUCCUCUGAGGGACCUCAGUGUCACUCUGGACGUCUUCGUGCUGACCCUGCCCCUGGAAGUGGAGCUCCCCCCGACCUCAGACCCACACCACCACCGGUCAACGUCAGAGAGCAGCGCUUCAUUCCCACGUUCCCCAGGGCAUCCCUCGUCGUUAAGGUCAGAUGAUGGCCUGGGCCCCCCAUUUCCACCCCCGGAAGAAGACAGGCACCCAGGGCUGUCCAGCUUGGCCACACCCCACAGACUAGCUAUUGAGACCACCAUGAAUGAGAUCCGCUGGCUGCUGGAGGAUGAGAUGGUGGGGGCCCUCCGAAGAGGGGGUAUCCCGCAGAGCCCUGCCCUGCACCGCGCGGCAGCCCACAUCUACAGCUCUGUUGGACGCUCCACCUGCUUUCGCCACACUGUGCCACUGAGUUUUGUGUUUGGGCCAGAGCGUUCCCUCACUCAAUUCAAGGAGGAGUUCCGACGCAUCCACCUCCCCGGCCAUGUUCUUCUUGAGGACCCUGACAGUGGCUUCUUCUUUGUGGCAGCUGGCCAACAGCCAGGCGGGUCCCAUGGGGAGCCCCCUUCAGCAGCCUGGGCUUGGCACAGCCAUGAUGACAGGGCUGAAGGUGUCAAAGGAGAGGCCCUGACAGCAAGCCCCCCAGCCCCUGGCUCCCCAGAAGAUUCCGAGGGCCCACCUCUCAUCAGCCUGCCACAGAGAGGGAGUCAACCUGGACCCAGCCGGGGACUAAGCCUCAUGUCCAGUCAGGGCAGUAUGGACUCAGACCACCUAGGUUACGAUGGUGGCAGCAGUGGUUCAGACAGUGAGGGUCCCAAUGAGACCUUGGGUGAGAAGGCCCCCUUCACAUUGCGGACCCCACCUGGAUCAGUGCCUCCCCAGCCUUUGCUCUCAGGCCACUCUGGGCCCUGCCUGCCUGACUUUUGGCUCAUCGUGCGGGUACUGCAGGACCAUGUGGAUGUGUAUGGUCAUGCACGAAGCCUGAUUAGGGAAGACGGGGGGCCAGGUGCGGAAUGUCGGCACCUGCAGCAGCUCCUGACAAGGCGAGUGGGCGAGAUCUGCAGGGAGGUGAACCAGCGGCUGCUUCUUCAGGACCUUCAUGACAGUCAUGUGUGUAAUUCUCUAUUGGUCGCCGAGAGUGAAGAAGAGCUAUGGCGCAGCGAAACCCCUUUCCACUCACGUCAGCGGGCACCAUUGCCCAGUGAUGAUUAUGCUGCUGAUGAGAGCUGUGCACCCCGAGGGUACUUAGCAGCCACAAUGCAGUUUGUCCCUGGCCAUUUCUCGUGUGACGUUGUGUGGGGAACCGUGAUUCGAGUCCAUUCACGCCUCAAAAUGGGGCCCAGCAUGGGGGUUUCUCGGGCCAUCCAGGCCCUGCGCUCUGUGCUCAAUGCCUUCUCUGUGGUGAACCGGAAGAAUAUGUUUGUUUAUCAGGAGCGAGCAACAAAGGCUGUGUACUAUCUUCGGCUCCUGGAGACUUCCUGCAGUGAGCGGCCUUGGGAAAGCGAUUCUCUGCCCCCCUCCCUAGCUCUGUCCCGCAGCCAGGAGCCCAUCUACUCUGAGGAAGCCUCGGGUCCGCGUUCUCCCCUGGAUGUGGCUGCCAGCCGCAAUUCAGAUGCUGCUCGUCCUGUGGGCCAAGUGGACAGACACAUCCAGCUGCUGGUGCACGGCGUAGGACAGGCAGGUCCUGAGAUCACAGAUGAGCUGGUGCGGGUUCUGCGUCGGCGCCUGGAUGAGGCCACACUGGACGUCAUCACAGUCAUGCUUGUUCGGAACUGCAAGCUGACACCAGCUGAUGUGGAGUUCAUCCAGCCCCCGGGAAGUCUCCCCUCAGAGGUGCUGCACCUGGCCCUCCCCCCAUCCUGCCGGCCCUGGCUCCCUGCCCUGGCCUGGUACCUGCGGCAGAACCUGCUCAUUUUUCUGCACUCUCCUAAGUAUACAGACAGCAACAGCCGGAACCACUUCCAGCAUCCACUGCCACCACAAGGUGGCCUCCCUGACUUGGACAUCUACUUGUAUAACAAGCCUGGUGGACAGGGCACCGGGGGCAAAGGGGUUGCCUGCAUCACUCUAGCCUUUGUGGAUGAGGGAGGGCACCCUAUCUCAUUGGCAUCGUGGCCUCCAUCUCCUCCGGGUCCCCCAGACCUCCUGCAAGAGGAGGAAUUUGAGCAACUCACCCAGGUCACUCGCUGCCCAGUCAUGCCAGACAGUUCUUCAGCUCCAGAUGGGGCUCCACGGCUUCGACUGGAUGUGUGGGAAAAGGGCAACAUCAGUAUUGUGCAGCUGGAGGAGAAGCUCCGAGGAGCCGCUCGCCAGGCCCUGGCCGAUGCCAUCAUGGAGCUGCGGCUGCUGCCAGCCUCACUGUGCACAGAGGACACGCCUCCAGGAAGUCUCAGGAGCGGGUCACUGGAAACCAAGAGCUCAGCAGGACGGGCUAGCACCUUCCCCCCUGGCCCUGGCCCUGGCCCUGGCCCUGGCGAGCCUGUGACUCCCCCCAGCAAAGCUGGCCGGCGUAGCUUCUGGGAUAUGCUGAGUAAAACAGAAUGUGGGGACUUGGGUUCUCCCAAAACAACUGAUGACAUUGUCCUGGAUCGGCCAGAAGACACUCGAGGCCGGAGGCGUCACAAAACCGAAAAUGUUCGCACUCCUGGUGGAACUGAGAGAGCACCAGGCUCAGAUUCUGGAGCCCAGAGACAAAGGCGCCGAACCACACAGCUAGAGGAAGGCGAGGUGGGGACCCUGCAGCCGGUGUUUGCUUGUGUCACUCAGCGCUGGAUGGAGUUUAUGGUCCAAAUUGGUUGCGCCUCAGUGUCCAGGAGCUCCACCCACAUGGUGUCCCGCUUCCUCCUUCCAUCCAUCCUGUCUGAGUUCACCACUCUGGUCACCUCAAUGGCUGGAGACACCAGUGUCCGUGUGUUUGAGCAGCAUUUGGGUUCAGAGCGAGAGAUCUUCAGUCCUUGUUCCCUUGGACAAGUGGGCCCAAUGCCACGCCCAGCAGCUGAGCGGCACCUGCUGCUUCUGGGAAGGAACUUCCUGCAGUGGAGGAGACCAACCCAACAGGCUGCCAAAGCUGUGCAGCGCUUUGAGCCAGGAGGUGACGGGAGCUUGGGGCGAAAUGCUCCCCGCCAGAGGUUCUUGCUGCUGGAGGUCGUGGACAAGAAGCUACAGCUGCUGACCUACAACUGGGCUCCAGACCUGGGGGUGGCACUGGGCCGAGCGCUGGUUCGCCUUGUGCAGUGGCAGAAUGCGAGGGCCCACCUCAUCUUCUGCCUCCUCAGCCAGAAGCUUGGACUCUUCCACCAUUAUGGCCAGUUGGAUUUCCCAGUACGGGAUGAAAAGGAUCCAAACCCAUUCCUACUACCAACCAUGGAAGCAGAGACCCUCAUCCGGAGUGCAAGCCCCCCACUGAGCCGUGAGCAGGGCCGGCUGAGUGGAUCCUCUCGGGGUGGGGGUCCCCUUCCCCUGGACACAUUCCCCUUUGAUGAGGCCCUGAGGGAUAUCACCGCUGCCCGCCCCAGCUCCUCACUCGGUCCUGUGCCCAGACCCCCUGACCCAGUCACCUACCACGGGCAACAGUUCCUGGAGAUCAAGAUGACAGAGCGCAGAGAGCUGGAGCGACAGAUGAAGAUGGAGAACCUGUUUGUAACCUGGCAGCAGCGUUCUGCCCCAGCCAGCAUGCCCAUCAGUGCUGGGGAGCUGGAGACCCUAAAGCAGUCGUCCCGCCUGGUGCAUUACUGUGCAACAGCGCUGCUCUUUGACCCAGCUGCCUGGCUGCAUGGACCCCCAGAGACCUCGGGGCCCCCUGAGGGACAGCGGCGCCAUCGCCCCGAGUCAGGUUCUGGGAGCCGAGAAGCUGCCUCAAGCUGCGAGUCCUCAGAUGUGCCCCCGCCCAGUGCGCGCGAGGAGCCUUGGCUGAAGGAGCUGAGCUUGGCUUUCCUGCAGCAGUAUGUGCAGUAUCUGCAGAGCAUGGGCUUUGCGCUGGUGCCGCUGCGGCCCCCCUCGCCUGCCCGCAGCACCAGCCGGAUGAGAGCCAUGGCUAUCCUUGGAACAGAGGGCCGAGGUUCCUUCUCCUGCCCUAAAAACAAGAUUGAUGGGAGCCCUAAGAGUGCUGGCUCUUCGGUCACCACCUACCACCUGCAGCGAGCGCUGCCUGGGGGCAUCAUCCUCAUAGAGUUGACUUUCCAGGGAUGUUACUUCUGCGUCAAACAAUUUGCCCUGGAAUGUUCCCGAAUCCCCAUGGGUCAAGCUGUCAACUCUCAGCUGUCCAUGCUGUUCACGGAGGAGUGCGACAAGGUGCGGGACCUGAUGCACGUGCACUCGUUCAGCUAUGACUUCCACCUGCGCCUCGUGCACCAGCAUGUGCUGGGCACCCAUCUGGUGCUGAGGCAUGGUUACCACCUCACCACCUUCCUGCGACACUUCCUGGCCCACCACCCCGACGGUCCCCACUUUGGCCGCAAUCACAUUUACCAAGGGACACUGGAGCUCCCCACACCACUCAUCGCUGCCCACCAGCUGUACAACUACGUGGCUGACCAUGCCAGCUCCUACCACAUGAAGCCAUUGCGCAUGGCCCGGCCAGGGGGGCCGGAACAUAAUGAAUAUGCCCUGGUGUCAGCCUGGCACAGCUCUGGCUCCUACCUGGACUCUGAGGGACUUCGCCACCAGGAUGACUUUGACGUUUCUCUGCUUGUCUGUCACUGUGCUGCACCCUUUGAGGAGCAAGGAGAGGCCGAGCGGCAUGUUCUACGGCUGCAGUUCUUCGUGGUGCUCACCAGCCAACGAGAGCUCUUCCCCAGACUCACUGCUGAUAUACGCCGGUUCCGGAAGGCCCCCAGACCACCCCCUGAGCCCGAGGCUCCCGGGACCUCAACUGGUAGCCCCGGGGAGGCCUCAGGGGUUGGUCUGGCCCCUGGUCUGGCUCCCCUGUUCCCUCCACUGGCUGCAGAGGUGGGCGUGGCACGGGCACGGCUGGCUCAGCUGGUGAGACUGGCUGGAGGACACUGCCGUCGGGACACCCUCUGGAAGCGCCUCUUCUUACUGGAGCCAGCAGGACCUGAUCGGCUGCGGCUCGGGGGGCGCCUGGCCCUGGCUGAGCUGGAGGAGCUCCUCGAAGCAGUCCAUGCCAAAUCCAUUGGGGACAUCGACCCCCAGCUGGACUGUUUCCUAUCCAUGACGGUCUCCUGGUACCAGAGCUUGAUCAAAGUUCUCCUAAGUCGCUUUCCACAGAGCUGUCGCCAUUUCCAGAGCCCCGACUUGGGCACUCAAUAUCUGGUGGUGCUGAAUCAGAAGUUCACUGACUGUUUUGUGCUAGUGUUUCUGGAUUCCCACUUGGGAAAGACGUCCCUGACAGUGGUUUUCCGAGAACCCUUUCCAGUACAGCCCCAGGACAGCGAGAGCAGCCCCCCGGCCCAGCUGGUCUCCACCUACCACCACCUUGAGUCCGUCAUCAACACAGCCUGUUUCACCCUCUGGACCCGCCUCCUGUGAGGAAUGGACACCGACUGUCACAGUCCCUUGAAUCCUCGAUCUGUAAGAUCACCCCCUUGAAGCAGGACUGAAGGACACCAAAAGCUUUGUGAAUGUGCCUUGGGGGUCUGCAACCCCAGGCUGGCAGCAGGGACUGCCCUCCGCCUCACAGCUGCUGACUAGCUCCAGAGUGGGUCAGGUCAACUCCUCUCAGCCCCCUGGACCUUUCCAGAACAGACUCCUUCCUGCUUACUCUUGCACUACCAGGAAUUCUUCACUGCAGAUGGCAAGUACUUACUUGCCCCUUAAGAGUUCCACUGCCAGGCCCCUGCCUGUUGAGCCAAAUCUUGUCUUGAUCAGCUAGCAACUGCCUCCCUACCAUCUUGAGCCCUCAGACAUCACUGCUGGACAUAGCCACUGAGAUAAGACCCCUUGGUUCAGUCCCAGCUCUGCCUUUGAAGCACCUGUGACCAUGGGCGAGGCCCCCUGCUGGACCCUUGGUUUCUCAUCUCUGAAUGAGGACGUGGGCUGAAAAGCUCUCCCGGCUCCACAGCAGCCCUGGCACAGACUGGAGGACUUAAGCACAUACUGUAUGUCCCUUCUCAGCAGGAGGGAAGUGACCCAGAGAAACUUAAUGGUUAGACACUGUGUGUCCUAUUCCCACUCCCUUCCCCUCCACACACACCAAUAACACACACACGGAAAUGUUUAGCAGCUUGUCUUUAAUUGAAGGGAGAUUUAGGGCGCUCAACUCACUGUGCAGAGCUGCCCGGGGGUGGCUUGCAGGACCUCACUGGCCAGCCUCUGGGAGGCCCCGCUUAUCCCAGUAUGAACGUAGCCAACUCAAGCCCUCUACAGUGUCUCCUGAGGGGAGAGGGAGGCAGUGGCAUCUCAACUCAGGAGGAGAAAAGCAGCCCCUGUCCAAUGCGUUUCCCUUCAGAGCUCCCUUUCCCCAGGGCCUUGGUCCCCCCCUCACCUUGAGGCUGGUACUCGCAGCCCACAAAGCCUUUGUAGCCUCCAUCCUCCAGCAGUUGGAACAGAUAGGGGAAGUUGAGCUCUCCGGGGCUGCCAGGAUCCCCCCGGCCCGGGACCUGUGCCACCUGCACAUGCCCUAGGGACAGAUGUGGACAGACGUAGGUCUCCUUCUGAGACUGGAGGAACAGAUGCAGGGAACUGAAGGGGGGCGGGGUGCAGAGGGAGCAGUACUGCCAACAAGGAGGGAGCAAAGAAAGGGACCCCUCUCACCCACAAUGGGCAGGAAUUCCCGGAUAUUUCCUGUCAGGUUCCCGUCCAUGAUCUGCCAGUGGAAUAUGUCCUGAGGCAGAGAAUACCAGUCAGAGACCCUUUAGCUCCCACCAUUUUCCCCAGAUUGGGAAAACAGGGCCUUCUGAGUACUCCUACUUACCAUUUGUAGCUGGAGGUUGGGUCUUCCCACCUUCUGCAAGAUGGCUGCCGCUGCGGAGGAAUUGGGAGGGGGCUAUGAGACUCAAGGGGAGCACAAAAAUCAAAGGGGCUAGGAGGAAGCAACAGUGGUCCUACCCUGCUGGGGGGUAUCCAGAAAGUACCGGGGGUCCGUGACACGGGUGUUAAUGGGCUCC